UGUGGACAAAACCGCGGGAGAUAUUUCUGCAAGAAAUGGGACCGAAACAAACCCCGUCCAAGCAAGGAAACACCCUUUUUUCUUAUUUUUCCAAAAGUCCAGCAGCAAGCAAGAGUAGUCAACCAAAUGUUAAUGGAUCAGAUGUGUUGUCGCAGAAGAAAUCGCCCAACAAACAGGAAACCCCCACACCAGUGAAGCAGGCGAAAAAGGAACCUAACGAUCAAAACUACAAGGAGGGAGACAUAGUAUGGAGUAAGUUGGCAGGAUACCCUUGGUGGCCAUCUUUAGUCUGUUCACACCCAACAGAAAACACACACCUAAAACAAGGGAAGAACCCUCAGGUUCAUGUACAGUUUUUUGACACACCUCCAACAAGAUCAUGGAUAAAAGCAAAGGAUGUUAUACCCUAUAAGGGCUCAGACCAUGAGGACUACAAGAAAGGUGGCAAGUGCCACUCUCUCAAUCCUAAAGUGAAGAAAGGGACACAGGAGGCAGACGAUGCCCUGAAAUUGUCAUUGGAGGAUCGAUUAAAGCUAGUGGUGGAUCUCCAGCCCUCUAGUGAUGAGGAGGAAGAGGAAAUGGAUGUGGAAGAGGGUGGAGAAAGUGAGGAAAACGAAGCAGACAAUAGCAAAGAAAAUGAAAAUGAAGAGAAACCCAAAGGCAGAACAAGAGGCCAUGCUGCAAAGAGAAGGCGAAUAGUCGUGGCCAGUGACAGUGGAGAAUCAGAUGAUGAGUUUAAGCCCCACUCAGAUGAAGGCUCCUCAGAGGAUGAAGUUAGUAGUGGAGUAGAUGAAGACAAAAUUUCAGAACCAGAAACAGAGUCAGAAAUAGAUUCCCCAGUCAAGAAAUCAAGAAAAGCUGAGGUACCUUCAAGAAAAAGGAAAAGACCAGAAAAGACUACAAAACCAUGGCGACCAAAGAAAAGUGAAACGAAAGAAGACGAGGCUGGGUCUGAGGAUGAGGCGUCUACUUCUCCCUCCACAAGCCGCUCUCUUGCCCUCUCCACACCAUCUGUUGGGAUGAAAACCAAAUCUAAACUGGCCUCUUUUGCUGCUGUUGAUCUGGACACAAAACCUGCCAAAGGACCACAGGAGGAAACAAACUAUCCAUACCUUAAGUUAGAAUUCCUUCAGCCAGAUAAAAUCAAGGAUAUAAAGAAAAAAAGUAAAAAUGACCCAGAGUAUGAUCCCAAAACUUUGUAUGUACCCGAUUCCUUUUUGAAGCAACAGACACCAGCAAUGAGACAGUGGUGGGAAUUGAAAUCCAAACAUUAUGAUGCUGUCUUAUUUUUCAAGAUGGGGAAGUUCUAUGAAUUGUUCAACAUGGAUGCUGCUGUUGGAGUGAAGGAACUUGGGCUGAUCUACAUGAAAGGAGAACAAGCUCACUCAGGUUUUCCAGAAAUAGCAUACAGUAGAUACGCGGACAUGCUGAUCCAGAAAGGUUACAAGGUCGCCAGGAUAGAGCAGACGGAGACCCCAGACAUGAUGACAGAGAGAGUCAAAAACAUGGGAAUCCCUGCCACCAAGUUUGACAAAGUCGUCAAAAGAGAGAUCUGUAGGAUCACCACCAAAGGCACCCAGACAUUUAAUGUGACAGAUGGGGAUAUAGCUGAGGCAAACAGUAGCUAUCUACUGGCUCUCUGUGAAAAGGAUGAUGGUCAGUUUGGACAGAGCACCUAUGGAGUGUGUUUUGUUGACACAACGAUAGGAAAAUUUCAGAUGGGACAGUUCACAGAUGACAGGUAUUGUUCCAGGUUAAGGACACUGAUCGCUCACUUUACACCUGUGCAGGUACUGAUGCCAAGAGGGAGGGUGUCUGAAAAGACAUCAAGCCUGAUCAACAAUAACCUGUCCUCCGUUAUUAAGGAGUACCUACGACCAGACACAGAAUUCUGGGAUAGCAGUAAGACCCUCAAAGUCCUAGCAGAGGAGGAGUACUUCAAGUGUGAGGAGGAGGUGGUGUGGCCAGAGUGUCUCAAGAAGAUGAUGUCUGAUGGGGACACUCUAUGUCUGAGUGCUGCUGAUGAAUACAGUCUGGCUGUGUCUUCAUUGGGAGCCAUGAUCUGGUACCUGCAAUACAGUUUGAUGGACCAGGAGCUCUUGUCCAUGAAGAACUUUGAGGAAUACAUCCCUGUAGACUCAGAAAAAACCACUAUUAAAGAAAAGUCUGCUUUCAUGAAAAAUCAGCACAUGGUACUGGAUGGACUGACCUUGAGAAACCUUGACGUGGCCGACCUCUACGGGUCACAGGAAGGAACUCUGUUGUCUCGACUGAACCAGUGCGUCACUCCAUUUGGUAAGCGGUUGUUCAAGCAGUGGUUGUGUGCCCCCCUCUGUAACCCUUCCUCCAUCAAUGAUCGACUCAAUGCUGUGGAGGAUCUGAAUGUGGUCCCAGACAUCAUGGCUGAGGUCAUAGAUAUGAUCAGGAAACUUCCUGACUUGGAGCGGAUACUCAGCAAGUUCCACAGCCUGGGAUCUGCGGCUCGUUGUAAAACACACCCAGAUAGUAGAGCCAUCUUCUUUGAUGAAGCAAAAUACAGUAAGAAGAAAAUAGAGGAUUUCCUAUCUACAAUAGAAGGAUUUAAGGUGGCACAGAAAGUAGCAUUGAAGUUCAAGUCUCAUGUUGAGAAUUUCACGUCGAAGCUGCUUAAACAGACUAUGACAUUAGACACAGCUGAUGAUAAAGGGCUAUUUCCUGAUUUGAAAAAGGAAUUGGAUUUCUUUGAUAAUGCUUUUGACCAUGCAAAGGCAAAGAAAGAUGGGGUCAUUCUACCAAACAAAGGAGUGAGUCCAGAGUAUGACAGUGCUAAGGCGGAUCUGAAGGCGGCGGAGCGGGGACUGGAGGAGUACCUGGACAGACAGAGACAGAGGCUGGGCUGUAGAAAUCUGACUUACUGGGGAUCUGGAAAAAAUCGCUAUCAAAUAGAAGUACCAGAGAGUGCACUGAAGAAGGUCCCAGAUGAGUACCACCUGAUGUCAUCCAAGAAGGGGGCCAAGCGGUACCGUACCACAGACAUCGAGGAUCAGUUGGUGGAUCUGACUGAUGCUGAGGAGCGUAAAGACGCUGCCCUCAAGGACACAAUGAGGAGACUUUUCUACAGCUUUGAUGAAAGAUACAAGACCUGGGAUACAGCCAUCCAGUGUCUGUCAGUGUUGGACGUUCUGAUGUCCCUGGCUAAAUAUGUGGGGGCAGCUGAUGGUGUGACCUGUAGACCAGAGAUCAUCGAACCCAGCUCAGACACAGAGCCUUUUGUUGAGAUACGAGAGGCAAGACAUCCUUGUGUCACUAGGACUUUUGGAGGAGGAGACUUUAUCCCUAAUGACACUGUCAUCGGCAUUCCAGAUGAGUUAGACAUGGAGGAGGGAGAUGAACAGAACAGCAGCAGUAAGAUCGUCCUGGUAACUGGUCCUAACAUGGGAGGUAAAUCUACUCUCAUGAGGCAGGUUGGACUAAUCACCGUUAUGGCUCAAAUGGGAUGUUACGUACCUGCUGAAAAAUGUCGACUCACUCCUGUGGACAGAGUGUUUACAAGACUUGGAGCCAGUGACAGAAUAAUGUCAGGUGAAAGCACUUUUUAUGUGGAGUUAAGCGAGACAGCAGCUAUCUUACAACAUGCUACUAAACACUCACUUGUCCUGAUUGAUGAAUUGGGUCGGGGUACAGCUACCUAUGACGGGACGGCCAUUGCGUGCGCGGUGGUGAGGGAGCUGUCGGAGAGCCUGUGUUGUAGGACGCUGUUCUCCACACACUAUCACUCCCUGGUGGAGGAGUUCUCCCACGACCCAAACAUCAGACUGGGACACAUGUCCUGUAUGGUGGAGAAUGAGGGAGAUCCAGCAGAGGAAACCAUCACCUUUCUCUACAAAUUUGCUAAAGGAGCAUGUCCUAAGAGCUACGGUUUUAAUGUGGCACGACUAGCCAAUAUUCCAGACGAGGUUGUUAAACUUGCCAAAGAGAAAGCCAAGGAAUUUGAAUUUGAUGUAGAAAGAAAGAAAUUAUUCAGGUCAUUAUGGAAUGAUGACUCCGUGGAGAACAUUAAGAAAACACAGCAGCUUAUUCCAGAUGAGGCCUAGAGAGAAAUGACUAGUGCAAAAAUUGUUGUAGUGCUCAAAACUUUUCAACUGUGGACAAUAAACCUCACGACUGAUGCCCCCAGUGCACACUAUAAAGGUUUCUUGAUUGACAGUAUUAUAUAUUGGAUUUUUGACAUGGCUGUCAGAAUUUUCUUGCAUGUGAACAAUUAAGUGUCAGAAUUGAUUGAAUGGAACAAAAACAAUCCCUAUUUCAUCAUAUAUGUACUGUUCAAAAAAUUCAUUUAUCAUCAUUUCAACAUUAUAUAUUUUGUUAGAUGCAAUCAAAUUUUGUUUUUAUUUUAGAUACAAAUUUUCCAGCUUUUAUAAAAAUAAAACAAAUACAAAGCAG